ACAGAUGUUUUUUUCAAAAUAUGUAUAUUAAAAUUAUUAUUUUAUGAGUAGAUUAUGACUUCAUCAAGAAACAUUAAGCGUUUUGAAAUUGACUUCACUUUGUGCAAAAAAGCACGGGCUAAAAUUAUAAAUAGUAUUAAAACAUAAAAUUUCAUUAAGCGAUACUUUGGAAAAGUUUCAAUAACCUUUAAAUUUAUUGUAAACCGUUGCCUUUAUAAUGGUGAAAAAUAUCAUAAAUGUACAUUUUGUAUCACUAUGCAAAAAAAAGAAGAAAUUACCAAAAGUUGAUCCUCCUCGUCGCGUCGUUGUACGACUAUCUGAAAGAGAAUGGUUUAAGAGAAAAUUCCAAAGAGAAUUCGAUAUACGAUUAAAGAGUGUAAUUCUUUCUAAGAUCAAGAAAAAAUAUGAAAAAAAACUAGCAAGGCGUAAAAAACUACGAAAAUACCAUGAGCCCCCCCGACACCGUGAUUAUCCAGAUAUUGUUUGGGAUGGAUCACAUUUGAAGUCAUGUAUUUGUUUGUCAUACAUGCAUCGCUGUGAUUGUACGGAAUACAUCGUUUUACCGAGACGUUGCAUCCCUUAUGGGACAUCUAACAAAUUAUUGCCCGUCCUGAGGGUAUUUAGAAUGUUGCUGCGUUUAGAAGAUGUGAAUUUAAAUUUACCGGACAAACCUUUCGUGACGAGGUUGAUAGAACACAUCGAGAUAGAAAAAAAAGUGGAACAGAAACUAAAAGACAUGGACAGCGACCGCGGACUGGAGUUCUGCAUCAUGAGAUGUCACCAUCGGUUUAAAAAGCAAGACAAAGAUCAUCCAUACUUUAAGCUGAGGCAGAAUUUAUAUAAUGAAAUCAAGUACCCAAACAUACCCCCGAAACCUGUUCCACUGCCGCCGCCUCCCAAGCCGAAGCCGGUUGUCAGGGGCCCAUGGAUAUCAGACUCUUUCACAGAAGGCUACUAUCGUUCAGGUGGCACACAAGCUACGACAGACAAAAACGGUGAAUUUAUCAUAGGUAAAUUUUCCCAUAUUUUAUUCGGGAGAUAUUCCCCUUAUGUUCAAGAUAUAGAGGGCGCAGGACUGUGUUUGAACUCAUAUCAAGAAAUAAAACAGAAACAGAAGGUCAUCAAACAAAUUGAAAAUCUGUUAAGUUUGACAAGAAUGAAGGAUAAGGUGUCUAAGUUUACAUUAAAUUUUAUGACGUCGAUUUUUGAGAUUAAAGAUCCUGGAAUUCCGAUGAAUGAAGUUGCCACACAGGACCCUCCACUUGGUUACUGUUAUAAGUCCAUAAUUAUACCCUCAAAAACUGGAUUUGUGAGAGAAGUUGGUUUUGGAGGAUGUCUUCCUUGUAAGGACGUCAAAAAAUCUCAGAAACACGAGCGACGUGUCUCAGACAGAGACGUCAUUACGAAAGAUGAAAUCAACAAACCGAUAUCAGAUGAAAAUAAUAAACAUAUAAAUGAAAACGAAAUAAAACAAAAUCCAGACCCUGUCGCGAAAGAAAUGAAAAAUGAUCCUAAGCUAAAAGAUGCAGAUCUUGUAUUACAGAAACCUUUAAUAUCAGAGGUAAAGCAUGUGCGAGAUGAGUUACUGGGUUCUGUAGAUGAAAAUACUGAAAUAAAGGAAGGAAUUCCCGUAGCUUCGACAGCUGGUGAAAGCAAGUUAGGUGGUGACAAAAAUGAAGAUAUAAAAUAUAAUAAUAGUGACGAUAACAAUAUACAAACAGUGAACCCAAAAAGUCCAACACAAGAUGAUAAACACGUAAAUAAAAAUAUACCAAAAGCACAGAACGUCACCAAAGAUACAAAAAUAGUUUCAGGAGGGAAAUCAGUUUUAACUGACGCAGGGAAUGACGGUGUUAAGGAAGUAAAAAUUGCUUUUAUGGACAUCAAUAAUCAACGACAAAGCUGCCCGGUAUUCAGAGAUUCUGUAAAGUCGAAAGAUAACCUUCAUAACCAUCUGGAACCAAACGUGUCUCUUACCGAAUAUAUUGGAAAUUUGUUGGAAGAUAUGCUGACUAGGGGAAUCAACCAAUGUGCUAUAAAGAAGGAAAGACAAUUUUACCAACAGAAACACCAAACAAGAUCUGAUGAAGAGUCGUAUACUAAACUGAGAGAGGAUCUCCUGAAAGCCAUCGAGAAUAUAGUUCUUAAUGCGAAACCGAAUGCUUCCGAAAAAGUGGAAACAACUGAAACAAAAUUAAAUAUAUAUGAAUCCAUACAAUCUAAGUUCAUACUUAAUAUGUUCUUGGAUUGCGUAAGGAAAAACACGCGGUCACUCAAACAAAAACUCAAAAGAAAUGACGAAGAAUCCUUAAAAUCGCAAAUAACACGGCUGCUUAAAACAGAGGACGCUAAAUUAAAAAUAAAUAAUUUGUUUGAAAAAAUUAAAAGAACUCUGAUAUCAUUCUUAAAAAGCCGUCAAGAAAAAAUAAUAAUUAUCACUAAGAAUUUUUUGAAAUUAAAACAGUCAAAUAUAGAUAUAAACCGGUCGAGCGAUGUCAAACGUGAACGGAACCCAGAGGUGGACGCGGCGCGAGAACUGUCUGAAUCGACAGUAACAAUUGUCACAGUACCACAAAGUCAUAGCUCAUUUGAUAUUUUGCCAAGUAAUAGUAAAAAAUAAUCUUUAAAUCA